UCGCACACUUCCUGAGGCAGCGGAAGUGGGCGAGCUCGCCAUUUUAGGGGAGCCUCUGAAGAGCAGGAGGCUGGAAAUCUCUCAAAUAAUAAAACAUAGAGAUUAAUAAUGUCCGCGGAAGGCGCCCCAGACCAGGCUGCGGAAUACAUCCCAGAAAAGGUGAAGAAGGCCGAGAAGAAGUUGGAAGAAAACCCAUAUGACCUCGACGCAUGGAGCAUACUGAUUCGAGAAGCACAGAACCAACCUAUAGACAAAGCAAGGAAGACAUAUGAAAGACUUGUCGCCCAGUUCCCCAGUUCGGGCAGAUUCUGGAAACUAUACAUUGAAGCUGAGAUCAAGGCUAAAAACUAUGACAAGGUUGAAAAGCUGUUUCAGAGAUGCCUCAUGAAGGUCCUGCACAUUGACCUGUGGAAAUGCUACCUUUCAUAUGUUCGCGAAACCAAAGGAAAACUGCCCAGCUACAAGGAAAAGAUGGCUCAGGCAUACGAUUUUGCCUUGGACAAAAUUGGAAUGGAGAUCAUGUCAUACCAGAUUUGGGUGGACUACAUCAACUUUCUUAAAGGAGUCGAGGCAGUGGGGUCAUAUGCAGAAAACCAGCGAAUCACAGCCGUGCGGCGGGUUUACCAAAGGGGCUGCGUCAACCCCAUGAUCAACAUCGAACAGCUGUGGAGAGAUUACAGCAAAUAUGAGGAGGGUAUCAAUAUUCACCUGGCUAAAAAGAUGAUAGAAGAUCGAAGCAGAGACUACAUGAAUGCUAGAAGGGUUGCUAAGGAGUAUGAGACAGUGAUGAAGGGUUUGGACCGGAACGCGCCCUCAGUGCCUCCACAGAACUCUCCUCAGGAGGCCCAGCAGGUGGAGAUGUGGAAGAAGUACAUCCAGUGGGAGAAGAGCAACCCUCUGCGCACAGAAGACCAAACGCUCAUCACUAAGAGAGUGAUGUUUGCCUACGAGCAGUGCCUUUUGGUGCUCGGCCAUCAUCCUGACGUGUGGUACGAGGCUGCUCAGUAUCUGGAGCAGUCCAGCAAGCUGCUGGCAGAGAAAGGGGACAUGAACAACGCUAAGCUAUUCAGCGAUGAGGCUGCUAACAUCUAUGAGCGUGCCAUCUCAACUCUACUGAAGAAGAACAUGCUGCUAUAUUUCUCCUUUGCAGACUACGAGGAGAGUCGUAUGAAAUAUGAGAAAGUGCACAGCAUAUACAACCGCCUGCUGGCCAUAGAGGAUAUCGACCCGACCUUGGUUUACAUCCAGUACAUGAAGUUUGCCAGGAGGGCGGAGGGCAUUAAGUCAGGUCGUGCCAUCUUUAAGAAGGCCAGAGAAGACGUUCGAACACGGCACCAUGUUUACGUCACAGCCGCUCUUAUGGAAUACUACUGCAGCAAGGACAAAUCAGUGGCCUUUAAGAUCUUUGAGCUGGGUCUGAAGAAGUACGGAGACAUCCCAGAGUACAUACUGGCAUAUAUUGAUUAUCUCUCUCAUCUCAAUGAGGACAACAACACACGAGUCCUUUUUGAGAGAGUUCUGACUUCUGGAAGUCUUUCUCCUGAAAAAUCAGGUGAGAUCUGGGCUCGCUUCUUAGCAUUUGAGAGCAACAUUGGAGACCUGGCCAGUAUCCUGAAGGUGGAGCGGAGGCGUUUUAUGGCGUUUAAAGACGAAUACGAGGGCAAGGAGACGGCCCUGCUUGUGGACAGAUAUAAGUUCAUGGAUCUGUACCCCUGCUCCACCAGUGAACUCAAAGCCCUUGGAUACAAGGACGUGUCCCGUGCCAAAUAUGCUGCACUGAUCCCAGAGGCAGUCGUCGCCCCUUCAGCCCCCGCUCUGAAGGAUGAGACUGACCGUAAGCCGGAGUAUCCAAAACCGGACACCAACCAGAUGAUACCCUUCCAGCCUCGACACCUCGCUCCCCCCGGCCUGCACCCUGUUCCUGGAGGAGUGUUUCCUGUCCCUCCCGCUGCUGUUGUACUCAUGAAGCUGCUGCCUCCUCCAACUUGUUUUACGGGUCCGUUUGUGAAAGUGGAUGAGCUGAUGGAGUCGUUUAGAAGAUGCACGCUGCCAGAGACUGUGGAAGCUGCUGUGGAACUGAUUACAGGCAGUCGUCCUGACGCGACCAGCGAGGGGAACGGGCCCAUAGAGAAUCACGCUGUGGCCAAUAAGGCCCUGAAGAGGCCCAACGCCGACUCAGACGAGGAGGAAGACAAAGGGGCCAUCGCCCCACCGGUUAACGAUAUUUACCGAGCAAGGCAGCAGAAGAGGAUUCGAUGAGCCCUGCCCAAAACCACGCACACUGAUCUGCUCUCUGUUCAGCACUGCUUCAUCAGUGCCCACUACGGACACUUAAACCCUAACUGUUAACAUAACUGCUCCCUCUCUCUCUCUCUCUCUCUCUCUCCAGUGAUGACUUCUUAGCUUCCCUCUCAAUGGAUGGUUUUUCUGUGAGUGCGCAUGAACACGCACGUCCACUGAGUUGAGGACCGGAAUGUAUCACUUUACUGUUGACCUCUUUUUCCAAAGCAGAGGUUUUGUUAUUUUGACUCGUCGUGAUUGGCUCGUCACUUAAGAUCCUUCGAGUCUCUUUGCUGUUUCCCAUCUUUAUCAUUCUUGUUCGUUUUUGUCUUUGAGUUUGUG